AAAUAUAUUUGGUACAUUAAUUAUUGAAAUUUAUUCCUGUGAAUCUUUAAUUUCAUUGGGUGGGUAACCUCUCUGUUUCUGUCUAAAAAUGUUUACACGUGAUACCGAAGCGUAUUUUCGAGCCUUCCAUAAAAAAUCAAGUUGGAGUACAGAGACUGAAAAGUGGAAUGAAUGUGGACUAUUUACAACUACAACAGUAGUAAGUCUUGAACUCGUGGAUAGGUCAUAAAAAGACUAUUUCAGUUUUAGCACAAUAUGGUGAGCACCUACUGAGUAGCAUAAAAAGGAACAAUAGUCUUGAAUAAACAAAUUUACAAAUUCAUAUACUCAAGAUGUAAUCAUUUUCAUUCAAUGUAAUCAGCCAACAGUCAAAUACUCGAAUGCAGAUUUGAGAUUUUUAUAAAAUAUAAUAUAUUAUAUUAUUUCAUCUGUACCUAUUAUUAUAAUUAAAAGCUUAAAAUUCUGUUAUUUUCAAUGUAAUGUAUUAUGUAAGAUGACAAAUAUUUUUCAUUGCAUAUGAAAAUGGUAGCCAGUAGCGUUGCUUUAAAAAGAAAUCAAAUUUUUUAGUUUCAUUGAGCACAACUCUGCAAAAUAUGACUUUCAACUUCACUCAUCUUCACACUGUACUGUUCACUGUACUGUUAUUGGAUUCAAUAAUAUGAAAACUCUAGCGUUUUGCUGUGGUCCAGACCGUAACUCACCAGUUGUUUGACAGCAAAUUUUUGGAUCAGAAAUGUUUUGCUGUAAUGGCUUUAGGAAGCUGUGUGUUCAAAUGCGCAGUUUGCACGUGCAGCAGUAUGGAAAAUGUAAGCAAUAUUCAUACACUCGUCUCAUGCCYACCACCAGCCAUUGGUACCGGUCUCCACUUGUGGUCAACAGUAGAAUUAGUCAUCUGCAGUCAUGCAAAAAAUAUUUUAGUGUUUCACCUGUCAACCGUUUUCCAUUGCCUCCAAUAGCGGCAAUAGUGAUCCGUUCAUUUGCYAAGUUUUUUGCUAUGAUGUUGGGCAUACGUAUACGCCGRUGGUGGUCAAAGCUGAGUGCAAAAGAGAAGCAACAGUUUUGGUACAAUGUACACAAACGUCGGAAGCAAAUAACUGCUACAAUAGCUAGUGUCAUUGGUUUGUUUCUUGUGUACUGUGCUGCUCACAUGGAGUUUGACCCAAUAACUGGUAGACGUCGGUUAAUUCUUUUUACACAUCAACAAAUGGUAGAGCUAGCAAAUUCAAUUUCUAGAGAACUGUUAAGUGAAAACCAACAAGCUGUGUUAAGUACAUCACAUCCACUUUACAAACGAGCUUUGUCCAUAGCAAUGUUGGUAAUCAAUGCCAAUAAGCCAUUUGACCGUUUACAAAAUCGAAAAUGGUCUUUGGUAGUCGUCAACGAUCCAAGAAUUAACGCUAUGGUUUUACCAAACGGCAUGAUAAUAGUAUUCACAGGGUUACUUUAUGCAGCUAAUGACGAGCAAGUUGGUGUGGUUUUGUCGCACGAAAUUGCACACUGUUUUCUUGAUCAUCAUGCAGUACGUUUAAGUCUAGAACAUUUACUUGAAGUGCUUUGGCUUAUACCACUUACUAUAAUGUGGGCUGUGUUUCCAAUACCAGAAGCUAUUUUGGGUUAUGUAUUUGGUCAUUAUUUUAAAAGCAUAGCAAUGUUACUGCCUUAUGAACGUGAACAGGAAAUUGAGGCUGACAAGUAUGGCUUGAUGCUAGCAGCUAAUGCGUGUAUUGAUGUUCGUCAAGCACCAAUUUUCUGGAAGCGAAUGGAAAAGCUUGAUCCAAAUAAUAAUGAGACAUGGUGGUUGUCUACACAUCCAAGUCACAAAAAACGUGUCAAAUAUAUUGAAGACCUUUUACCAUAUGCGUUACAAUUAAGGCAACAAAAUGGAUGUCCAUCCUUAGAUAGAAGUUACUGGUCAAGAUUCUCAUUGUUUUAACAAUAAAGAAUUGUAGUUCAAAAAUGAUAAAUUGCUUAUAAUAAUAUGGUGCUUAUUGUAUUAGUUAAUAAUCAUAAUUUUGUCAUGAAUUAUGAUCAUAGCAUUCUGAUAAAUCGUUUACAUUCACAAUUUAAAUUAUUGUUGCCAUAAGUUACUUUUGUUUUUUGUAUUUUAUAAUGAUACAAUUUUGUGUAAUGGUGGAUUAGUGAUAAUUUUCACUACACAAAAUAUAAGUCUAAGCAGACUUCAAUAUUUUACAUAUUUUUUAAUAAAAGAAAAAUUUUCUUGRUACUUAUGUAUUAUGUAUCAACUAAAUAUGUUCAGUUUACAAAUGCCACAUACUCUUAGUCUUUAAAUAUUUAUAUUAAUAUAUUAUUCAUACAAUUAUUAUAAUUCUGUGGACUGUGAUGAUUAGAAAUAAUUAGCUUGGCUAWAUAUAACUUUCUUUUAAAAUAUAUUUGCCGGUUGUGACUACUGACUGCUUUGUCAAUCUGUCAGUCUCGCUAUGUAUAUUGUAACUUUAACCAAAACACUAUUAUUGUGUAUAAAUUGUAACUAUAUUUUGUUUAAAAAACAAAU